UUUUAACAUAACUAGUAAAUAAACAACAUGUAAAUGGCAACGGUUUAUAAAGUUUAUUAGAGCCUAGAUCUAUUCUAGAUCUAUAAGAGUCGAGAUCUAGAUUCUAGUUCUAUAGAAUCUAGGGUAUAUUUUAGAUCUAUGUGAUUGCGUAAAAAUUACCAGUAAAUCUAAUCAAAAGCAAAUACCGGGAUUAAGAUAAAAUCAUCUCAUUUUAAAAGGUGAAGAAUGACUGACAAGUCACAGGAUUCUUCAGAUCCAGCUGUGGAUCCUGAUACUGAUGAAGACAAAAAACUUUAUGUCACACUAGGACAAUGGUUAACCGCAGAUCUCAGUGUUAAAAAAACUGUCACAAAGAAAGGGAAAGCAUUCCUCAGACCACAGCUAGAGUCAGUUUGCGUUGUUUCUGUUGACUACAAUGAUAACGAGACUAGUGAUCACUGUAAAGAAUUGUACAUGUUUCUAACGCAACAUGCUAGAAAUAGGCUUGAGCUGAAAUUAGGUUCAGCAGACAGUAAAUAUAUGUUAGGCUUAGAAAAACUGUUAAUGACAAUGACAGAGAGUGAAGAGUGCUUAUUCAUCAUCAGUUCCUGCCAUGGAAGUGAAGAGGGAGACAUAAUCUUGAAAGUAACUCUCCACAGUUUUACAGUAGAGAAGCCUAUCUGGCAAAUGUCUUCUAAAGAAAAGUAUAGUUUGGCAUUUUCUCAUAAAGAGAGAGGCACAGAGCUUUUCAAAGAAGGCAACAUUGAAGGUGCAUUUGUACAAUAUGGUGUAGCAAUAAAGUAUGCACUAUGCAUGUGUGAAAGCUCGGUGUGUAAAAAACUAGAAAAGACCAUGAUCCAAGAGCAUGCAACUCUGAUGAGCAUUUGUUAUCUAAACCUAGCUGCGUGUCAUUCCAAAAUGGCUAACUAUGAAAACGUUAUCAGCAGCUGCUCUAAAGCUUUGGCAGUGGAUGCUGACAAUGUGAAAGGGCUUUACAGACGAGCUCAAGCAUACAAGGCUAUUGGACAGAUUGAUAAAGCAAGAUUAGAUUUGAAGCAAGCUCUGAAGAUAGAACCUCAGAAUAAGGCUGUGAUCACUCUGCUUCAUAACUGUGAGACUUGAAUCAAUAUGGACACUAUACAAGGAAUUACUAAUGGUGUUGAAUUAUACAUGUUAUUGAGUAUAGUGUUGAGAGAAAAAGAUCAAAAUUGCAAUUUAGACAUUGAAAUUAUGCAGACAAUAUUCUAAAAUUUGUAAUAUUGUAUAACUUAAUUAAAUGUUAUUAGUAAAUUUGUUCACUGUUUGAACUUACCAUUUACUGUGAAUAGCAAGAUACAAUUCUUGGUAAUAAGUCAGCUAUUAAGUUUAAUUUUUCACUCAUUAUCCACGCGAGACCUUUACUCUUAUGUAAAUGCCUUAGUACUAGCUAGAUCUAUAUAUAAUUCCCAUGUUUGUGAAAUCUAGCCAAGAGAUACUAUAUUUUUAUUCCAUUAGCAUCCUUCCAGCUCCAAUAUUGCAAUUAUAAAUCUGAUUUGUUCAAAUUACUCUGAGAAAAUAUUACUUGCCCUUGUUCUGCUUACCAUCUAACAGUAUUAUGAAAGUAUUGCAAACAGAAUGUUCUCAAUGUUUCUACUUAAAUUUAAUAUUUACCUGUAGAGAAAAAAAUCAAUGCUGUAUAUCUAAUUACUGGAGAAAUAAGCUCCCUUUCUUCUACAUAAAACAAAACUAAUCAGUUAUCCCUAUUGUUUUUUUUUUUAUUAUUAUUAAUUCUUGUACAUUGGCAUUGACUAUGAAUAAUUAUGCACAAUUUCAACUUGAUCCGAUAAUGGCAUGUGGGAGAAAAAAAUGUACAAAAAAGAUAAAUAAGGGAAAUAGCUCCACAUCUCUCUCAAGUAGUAUUUAUUUCCUUUUUCCCUACCAAAGAAAAUAAUUACCAAUAAUUAAUCAACUAAUCUGUUACUAUGUUUUUAUUGAUUCCUGUUUUGUUAGGUGCACCAAAGAAUCGUGUAAAGUUUUAACUUGAUCCAAGAAAGGUUGUGGGAGAAAUAGUGUACAAAAUUUGUAGCAGAGUGAUUGGGUUCAUAUAAGCUUUAUACAAAUUAAGCUUAUGUCAGUUAUAAUAAGUUUUAAUAAGAAUGAAUGUAUUGAACUGAUGGAGGAUUUAUAUUUAUGUAAAUUUAAAUAUAAUUGAUAUCUAGAGAUGUAUAGUUUUAUUCUGAAUAAACUAUUUCGUUGUCAA